AUGGCCACCAACUCAGCAAUGUACGCAUCCUCACGGCGGAGGCAAUCACCAUUGCUAGAGGCGUUUCUAGCACCCCAACGUACGUUUCUCCUUCCAACAAGAAACUCACGUUCCCUGAUACGUAAACUCCAAGUCUUUACCGUCUUGUUCCAACACCUCGCAGAAGAUUCAAGCUUGGGUCACACGGAAAUCUUGUGCUUCAAGGAGCUUUAUCUUCUCCAUCACUCCAAGUUCCUCCUCCGCUACUGCUCUCACUCCUCUAAGAUAUGGCUCUUACUUCAAAGCCCCUCUCUCUCAAGCUUCUUCCAUGAUGUCCUCCCCGUUGAUAGUCUCUGCUUGAGCCACGACGUUAGAGAGCAAGUCAAGCUCUUGCACAAACACUCAUCAUCAAAACUCUUCGUUGAUGAUAACGACGAGACGCUAUGUAACAGACUCUACACGUUUCUCAACGAGUUUGAGAACGCGAGUGUACCAAACUCUGAAGAGCUAAGCUUCUUCUUCGUGGAGAAACUUGGGAUCAAAGAUCCUAUAAGCUACAAAAGUGAGACAGAGUUUCUUGAAGAACAGAUCAAGAGCCACGGUUGUGACCUGGAACCUACGAGAUCAGUGAUUAACGGUUUCAUAGAUAUCACACGGUACGUCAUGUUUCUCUUAUUCAAGAUUCAAGAUGGUGACGAAUGGAGCGUUGACAACAUGAAGAAACAGAGGAAAGGUUUGAUCUCUGAGGAGAUUGAGAACACGGUUACAACGCUUCCAAAGGAUUUCACUUGCUCCAUCUCUCUCAGUCUCAUGAACGAUCCUGUGAUCGUUUCGACAGGACAGACUUAUGAACGAAGCUCUAUAGCUAGGUGA